AUGGAGCCAAAUAGAUCAAGGGGCUUUUCGGAUGAAGAGCUCUUCAUGAGUCGCCCGGUCGACGACUGUGGCGACAGCCCAACCGUCGAGCCCCUUCGCAUCUUCAACAAGAGUCCUGCCGCCUCGGAUCAGGCCCGUUUCAAGUACCCGCGACCCCCGGAGCCGGCCUCAUCGGCUUCGCCCUCCCACAAGCCAACGUUCCCGCUGCCCCCUGGCGCAUCGAGCUCUGCGGCGCCCUCCCAUACCCCGACGAUGAGGAUCUGCGCCCUUCGAAGCCGCUCCAAUCCAGGCUGCCUUACCCAGACGAUGAUCUCUGGAGGAAGCUACAAUGACACAUCUCCGCGCCUGAGCCUCAGCCCCACUGGCGAAAAGAGACCAGGUCUUGCUGAAAGGAGGGGCACCGCGCCCAGUGCGCUGUCGCCAACAAGUCCAGAUGGGGACAAGGAUAAUCUGUUCGCGAAGCCUAUCAAGCCGCCCAAGCAGCAACAGCCACAACCGCAGGAGCCGCAGCCUAGGAUCUCAAACAGCUACCAGAGCAAACCAUACUACCCUCCGCCUGGAGGCAGCUCCGCAAACAAUGCUCAGCGGCCGACUGUGGCUACAAACACGCUCAAGAUGCCUCAGGAAAGCAGCGUGAACCGUUUCAACUCGAAUGCCUCCACGUCAACCACCCGCGCCAGUCGCGGCUCACCUCCGCCUCCAGAAACCCCGAUAGUCGAACCGGGUGUGAUUCCUGGUGGUGGCAUAGAGGCUCGCUAUGCUGCCUCGGGCAUAUCUGGGACCGCGACCCUCACGGCCCUCCAAGCGCAACAGGCGCAGAGCGCCGCGGCCUCGCAGCGACUUGCCCAGUAUGGUGGACAGCCCCCGGCACAACGCCCGUGGACGCCGACAGAGACUCCGGACCAACAGCCCCAUGGGCCCCCGACGGUUUACCAGGGCUCAAAUCCAGUGGGAAGCCCGUCUCAGUCGUCCACGGCACAGAACGGACAAUCCCAGCAGCCAAGUUUGCAAGUUAGCGUUCUGGAGCAGGAUUUCCAGCGCAUGCAAGCUUCAACCCCUCCCCCUGCAUACUCUAGCGUCAGUGGAGGUGGUACCGGGUAUCCAAACGAGAAACAGCGCCCUGCGUUGCAGCAACAGUCCAGUUCCAGCUCGCAACCUGGGCAAGCGCCUGUCGCUGCAAGUUCUGCGGCCGCCACUACAUCGGCUUCAGUUGCUGGAUCCAGCUCUUCCGGCGCAGUUCAGACUCCCGUUGCUCAAGGCCCGGAGAAGAAGCCGCAACAGCAGCAGAUUCCAAAUCACCUGGCUUCGCCGGCUCUACAGCAUCCGGGUCAUCCUGCCUUUGCCAAUGACCCCAGGCCAGGAAGCUCCCAGAAUGGCCAACCGACCAUCACACACACGCCAUCGGUUUUACAUUCUCAGGGCCCCUCGUCGCCACCCCCACUGCCAGAAGGAUGGAUCUCCCAUCUCGACCAGAACUCUGGGCAGUACUACUAUAUCCAUCUUGCCACUCAGGCUACGCAGUGGGAGUUCCCCAAGGGUCCAAAUCCGAUCAACCACGAGGUAGCCCCAUUGUCACCAACAGCUUCGACUUAUGGCAACUCUCUUGGUUCUCCUUUCCUGAGUGGUAAACAGGGAAUGGCAUCGCCCGGCCUGUAUCCUCCCCACACUCCUGGCUACGCUGAGAGUAUUAUGAGCGUGGCGGCCUCGGCUGCACCCAGUGCUGCUGGCUUCACUGGACCUCCCCCCAGCUCCGGCGUGGAGAUCUUCAAGGUUGCCCCUACAAAUGGUGUUUACUUUGGCCCCUACUUGCGGUACGUCAACAUGGACGUGGAGAGGGGUGUGUGGUUGGGGAGCAUAAUGAUUGUCACGGACGCUCCUCAGCCGCCCACGAUACACAUUCAUCGCAGUGUAGACUUGUCACCGAACCCGCGGCAGCUCAUGCCACAUGUGAUUCAUACCCAUCAACGCUGGAGCUUUUACAAGUACGACUUGGAUCUGCAAAUGGGCGAGCAAACUGAGAAAUGGACUUAUGCGGUCACGUCCCACAUGGGAUGUACGCGUUACGAGUUCGUCGUUGCGGGGCGCAGUGAAACCGGCUGGCGCUUCGUGGCGCACUCGGGUAACGAUUUUGCCUCUUCAACUUCGCAAGGCGACAGGGCAAAACUCGGUGGCGUCGGCUUCAUGUGGAAGGACGUGCUGCAAAGGAAUCUGGAGUGCGGCGGUUUUCACGUACAGCUGGGGCUCGGUGAUCAAAUAUACGGUGAUCGGCUCUGGAAGGAGGUGCCUCUGCUAAAGCAAUGGCUCGCCAUCCAAGGAAGGGAGAAUCGCAAGACCGUGCAAUGGACUGCGCGGCAUGAAGAAGACGUCACUCAUGCCUACUUCCACUAUUACACGUCCCACUUUGACCAGCCAUUCUUGAGAGAGGCGUUUGCUCAGAUCCCUCACAUCUUACAACUCGACGAUCACGAUAUUUUUGAUGGCUUCGGGUCUUAUCCUGACUACAUGCAAUCUUCACAAAUUUUCAAGAACAUCGGGCGUGUGGCCAUUGAAAUGUACUUGUUGUUUCAACACCAUACGACUGUUGAAAUAUUGCGCAAUGUUAACUCGGACAUUGAUCUGUUCACUAUAACGGGCUCUGGGUGGCACUUUGUCAAGUACUUGGGCCCGGCAAUGGUCGUGGUGGGUGUUGAUAUGAGAUCAGAGCGGACCCAAACGAGAGUCUUGGCCGGUCCAACGUAUCAAGGCAUCUUUCCAAAGGUCGCCAUGUUACCACCCAGUGUCCAGCACUGCAUCUUUAUGCUAUCCGUUCCGCCUAUCUAUCCCAGGCUCGACACGGUGGAGAGCUUGGCAAACACAUUCAACACGGGCAAGAAGGCGGUCAACUCGACAUACAACCUGCUCGGCAAAGUGACCAGCUCAGUGGCGGGUGUAGUCGGUGGUAAGGAGGUGGUGCAGCACGGCUUCACUCACGUCAAGAAGGCGGUCGGAAAAACUGGUCUCAUGGGCAAUGUUCUCAACCAGUUUGGAGAGUUUGACAUUGGUGAGGAACUCAAGGACCUGUGGACGCAUGAGACGAAAGACUUGGAGCGGACAUACCUGAUCCGGACUCUGCAAGGAAUUUCCCAGCAGAAGGGAAUAAGGAUGAGUUUUCUUUCAGGAGAUGUCAAUUGCUGCGGCGCCGGGUUGGUUCACGACCCGUCUCACCCUAGCGACCACAAGACCAUGUACCAAAUUAUCACCUCCCCAAUCGUGGCGGCACCAUCGGGUAACUACAUCCUCAAGAUGCUUCACAACUCCAAUAAGAUGCUUUAUGUGCCUACCAACGGACACAAAUCCAAUGGAGAGGUGUCGGACACCAAGGAGGACAUGAUGGAGAUCUUCCAGGUCGACGCGAAUGGGUCCCAACGCGAGCUCAAGAAGCUUAUGGGACGUCGCAACUAUGUUGCUGUUGUGGCGUACGACCCCGAAGUCAUCAACGCCGCGGCAGGAUCGCAGUACGCCGCAAGCAUCAUGAAUGGCGGCCAACCUCAGGGCCAGGGGCUGCAGAAGCUCAGUCUUGCCGUCGACUUUGUGGUUCAGGGUGACGGAUCAUUCAAUACGCCCACGACCAAGUACGGACCUGUCAUUAUCCCACACUUGGAAUAUGGGCACUGA